UCUCGCCUCCUGGCCGGUGAUGGAUUCGCUGCUGUCCCUGCAGACAUCCAGGCACACACACAGAGCACUGGGAAGUACACAUGGACUGUACUGCUCGCCGACUGCCUUGAAGAAACUGUAGCUAACCACCUUAUUAGUAUUCCUGCCUCCACCGUGUCUCAGUUGCAGCAGCAGAGGGCUGAGCAAAAUGCAGUAGAGCAGGGACAGACACAGCUCUGGCAGUCAUCUCAAUGCAGGCUGCCGAAUGUUGGGGGUGGAGGAUGCAGCACAUCAAGAUGAAUAACCUUGCCAUAAUCCGGGGCACCCAGCAAGCAGACACCUCUGCUGAUUGACCCGCUCCUGGCUUGAUAAAUCUGCCUGGGGGAGAGGGAUCCGGAAUCUACCUGGUCCUGGGGGGCCCCCCAUUGAUUUUGGAUGCUCUUUUGAUCCUACACCGAUCUGGGAAGGUAGCAGUGAGCCGUACCAUCUGCAGCACUCAGCAGCUAUUGGAGGUUACCACUGACAGUUUCAUCACACGGGUCUGUGUGAGUGUGUGCGUGUUUGUGCGUGUUUGUGAGUGUGGGUGCCUGCUUUUGCGUGAAAGAGAACGUGUGAGUGUCCAAGUGUGUGUGUGUUUGUGUGACAGCCAAAGCAGGUAUAUCGUACUGUAGGUUUCAACAGCGUGAAAAUUUUCUCUGGGUACUUGGGCUCCCGGCCCAAAGCCCCUCAGCUUUCACCACCCCCUUCCUUCCCCACUCCCUUCUUCUUUUUGCCUUUGAUGAGUUUUUGGCUUACUUUUUGGCGGAGUCUCUUGGACACAUUUUUUGCUGGUGCUGGAAGAUCAGAUCAAUGGAACCUUUGAAAACUGAUUAUUUUUCUCCUGUGUGACUUUAAAAAGAAGAAGAAGAAAAGAAAAGAAAGUAGUGCAAGAUAAAUAGAGGAUUUUAAAUUUGCCUGGUGAACUUUGAGGAUCCAUAAAGAAGAAACCAAAUGAAGUAUUUACUGUCAUUAUCCCUAUUUGAUGAAGAGGAUACUGAGGCUCACAGAGAAUUAACAACUUGUCCAAGAUCAUCUGAUGUCGAGUAAUCAAGAGUGAAUGACCUGAAAGCACACACACCAGCUGGGACCAGCCUUUGAUUGAGGGGAAAACGUACAGAGACAGAGCGGUAGCAGAAAUGGUUCUCUGUAUUGUGAGGCUGCAAGAUCACCCAGGGAGAGUGGGACCAAACAGACCAGAACGUCUGACACACUGAAUGUAUGAGUUACUGGAAAAGCAGAGAUAAACUACGUAGAUUAACAAUAUGGAAACAUCCUGAAACCACUUUGGAGUCUCAGUAAAUUGACUGGAUUCAAGUUUCACAAACAGGGAAACUGGCCCAUGGACAAUUUGCUACAGCUGGAGAACACAGUUCUGCUUGUCAACCACCAGUGUUCCAUGCGAGCAUAGUUCUGAAUCACAACCUAGAAGUGAGAACGGAAAGAAGCCCUACUUAAGGGUAUAAAAGAAACGUUAUCUACAGAAAUCCAGAACACUUCUCUAACCUCUUUGGAUUUUCUCAGGAAGAUCAGCACCGGUUGAGACAUUUUGAUAAGAAGGGGGCCUUGAAAGGAGGUGGAUCUGUGGACCUAUCGUGUUUUCCUGGGAAUGGGGCUGAGCUGUGACUCCAAUUGUCCUAGUUUAUAAGUGAUGACAUCUCUUGCCUGUUGCUGAACUUACUGAGGACUACAGCCCAGGAAUCAGCCUCUCCGAUAGCUCUGAGGAACUCUUCCAAAGAGAUCACCAAACUGAGGCUGAGAGAGAGGGGACUUACCCAGAGUUACUCAGCUAGUCAGUGACAGACAACAGUGGAACUUGCGAUUAUUAGAACUCCAGAAGGACCAACACCAGAUAAAUUAUGAAUGUUGAACAAGAUGACCUUACAUCCACAGCAGAUAAUGAUAGGUCCUAGGUUUAACAGGGCCUUAUUUGACCCCCUGCUUGUGGUGCUGCUGGCUCUUCAACUUCUUGUGGUGGCUGGUCUGGUGCGGGCUCAAACCUGCCCUUCCGUCUGCUCCUGCAGCAACCAGUUCAGCAAGGUGAUUUGCGUUCGGAAAAACCUACGUGAGGUUCCAGAUGGCAUCUCCACCAACACCCGGCUGCUGAACCUCCAUGAGAACCAAAUCCAGAUCAUCAAAGUGAAUAGCUUCAAACACUUGAGGCACCUGGAAAUCCUACAGUUGAGUAGGAAUCAUAUCAGAACAAUUGAAAUUGGGGCCUUCAAUGGUCUGGCAAACCUCAACACCCUGGAACUCUUUGACAAUCGUCUUACGACCAUCCCAAAUGGAGCUUUUGUAUAUUUGUCUAAACUGAAGGAGCUCUGGUUGCGAAACAACCCCAUCGAAAGCAUCCCUUCUUAUGCUUUUAACAGAAUCCCUUCUUUGCGCCGACUAGACUUAGGGGAAUUAAAAAGGCUUUCGUAUAUCUCAGAAGGUGCCUUUGAAGGUCUGUCCAACUUGAGGUAUUUGAACCUUGCCAUGUGCAACCUCCGAGAAAUCCCUAACCUCACGCCGCUCAUAAAACUAGAUGAGCUGGAUCUUUCUGGGAAUCAUCUGUCUGCCAUCAGGCCUGGCUCUUUCCAGGGGUUGAUGCACCUUCAAAAACUGUGGAUGAUACAGUCCCAGAUUCAAGUGAUUGAACGGAAUGCCUUUGAUAACCUUCAGUCACUGGUGGAGAUCAACCUGGCACACAACAAUCUAACAUUACUGCCUCAUGACCUCUUCACACCCUUGCAUCAUCUAGAACGGAUACACUUACAUCACAACCCCUGGAACUGUAACUGUGACAUACUGUGGCUCAGCUGGUGGAUAAAAGACAUGGCCCCCUCCAACACAGCUUGCUGUGCCCGGUGUAACACGCCUCCCAAUCUGAAAGGGAGGUACAUUGGGGAGCUUGACCAGAAUUAUUUCACAUGCUAUGCUCCUGUCAUUGUGGAGCCCCCAGCAGACCUCAAUGUCACUGAAGGCAUGGCAGCUGAGCUGAAAUGUCGGGCCUCCACGUCCCUGACUUCUGUAUCUUGGAUUACUCCAAACGGAACAGUCAUGACACAUGGGGCGUACAAAGUGCGGAUAGCCGUGCUCAGCGAUGGGACGUUAAACUUCACGAAUGUAACUGUGCAAGAUACAGGCAUGUACACAUGUAUGGUGAGUAAUUCUGUUGGAAAUACCACUGCUUCGGCCACCCUGAAUGUUACUGCAGCAAACACUACUCCCUUCUCGUACUUUUCAACCGUCACAGUAGAGACUAUGGAACCUUCUCAGGAUGAGGCAAGGACCACAGAUAACAAUGUGGGUCCCACUCCGGUGAUCGACUGGGAGACCACCAACGUGACCACCUCUCUCACGCCACAGAGCACAAGGUCAACAGAAAAAACUUUCACCAUCCCCGUGACUGAUAUAAACAGUGGGAUCCCAGGAAUCGAUGAAGUCAUGAAGACUACCAAAAUCAUCAUUGGCUGUUUUGUGGCCAUCACACUCAUGGCUGCAGUGAUGCUGGUCAUUUUCUACAAGAUGAGGAAGCAGCACCAUCGGCAAAACCAUCAUGCCCCAACGAGGACUGUUGAAAUCAUUAAUGUGGAUGAUGAGAUUACAGGAGACACACCCAUGGAAAGCCACCUGCCCAUGCCUGCUAUUGAGCAUGAGCACCUAAACCACUACAACUCUUACAAAUCUCCCUUCAACCACACAACAACAGUUAACACAAUAAAUUCAAUACACAGUUCAGUGCAUGAACCGUUAUUGAUCCGAAUGAACUCUAAAGACAAUGUCCAAGAGACUCAAAUCUAAAACAUUACAGUUAUGAAAAACAAACAAAAAAAAAAGACAGUUUAUUAAAAAUGACACAAAUGACUGGGCUAAAUCUACUGUUUCAAAAAAGUGUCUUUACAAAAAAAAAACAAAAAAGAAAAGAAAUUUAUUUAUUAAAAAUUCUAUUGUGAUCUAAAGCAGACAAAAUUAUGUGUAUUCCUCAGAACCUGUUUUUGCUGCACUUAUUUACUAUUUUCCCACAUCUUGUCCCUGCCUUUCCCAAUCGCCAUAUUUUUCAUAGGAGAUCUCAAUUCCCUAAAGAACUGGUCUAGGAAAUUUUGUAAGAAUUCUGUUACACUUUGAGAUUUUUAUGGUGAAUUCUAGUGGUGAGAUCCAGUCCCUUUUGUCUUUCUUUUUUUUCCUCUGUCUUUUCUUUUCCCCCUCUCAUGCCCUUAUGAAGUAGUCCAAUGGGGAAUGCAAUAUUAGAAAUAGAUUUUUAAGAGAGAACAAGGAAAAAAUGCAAGAUCUUAUAUUUUUCAUGUAAUGACCUGUUCUGUAUUUAUGAGGAGGGCCAUACAAUGGAAAACAAAAAGUAAGCAAACAAUAGAUUAAUUUACAUAUGAGCAUCUAUAAAACCCAUGAUCUUUUAAACAAAUCUAGAACCCGGAUUUGUAGAUCAAAAGCUAAAAAUAAGAUUAUAAAUAAAAUAUUGUUGUUUUUUCUGUA